UGGCGGGCUGGCUUCAGUCACUUUAUCCUGUGUACACCUGGAGGAGGCAGAGCGCCGUGUGACCCGCCUCAUACUAUGAUGAGUAGCUGGGAGUGUACAGGUCGGCUUCCUUCCAUUUCCUGUGGGCUGGGUCCUUCUGGGAAGGUGAGGACUGGAGAAUAAAGCGUAUCUUAUCGCCCCGUAUGUGUGUAUGACCCGAGGACGAGGCGACAACGUGCUGAUAACUAUGACAACAACCUGAGGACAAGGGUGAGGUGACCUGUACCUCCGAUACCGGAGACAUAUACAUGGACUAGGGAAGCGUCAUAUACCUGGACUGGGGAGAGCCCCCUAUACCUGGACUGGAGGAGAGCCCCCUAUACCUGGACUGGAGGAGAGCCCCCUAUACCUGGACUGAGGAGACCCUCCCUAUACCUGGACUGAGGAGACCCUCCCUAUACCUGGACUGGGGAGAGCCCCCUAUACCUGGACUGAGGAGAGCCCCCUAUACCUGGACUGGAGGAGAGCCCCCUAUACCUGGACUGAGGAGAGCCCCCUAUACCUGGACUGAGGAGAGCCUCCCUAUACCUGGACUGAGGAGAGCCCCCUAUACCUGGACUGAGGAGAGCCCCCUGUACCUGGACUGAGGAGACCCUCCCUGUACCUGGACUGAGGAGACCCUCCCUGUACCUGGACUGAGGAGACCCUCCCUGGACUGAGGAGACCCUCCCUGUACCUGGACUGAGGAGACCCUCCCUGUACCUGGACUGAGGAGACCCUCCCUGUACCUGGACUGCGGAGACCCUCCCUGUACCAAGGAGAGCCCCCCUGUACUUGGACCGAGGAGAUUCCAGAUACCCCCCCCCCCCCUGGACUGAGGAGAGCCCCCUAUACCUGGACUGAGGAGAGCCCCCUAUACCUGGACUGAGGUGAGCCCCCCUAUACCUGGACUGAGGAGAUUCCAGAUACCUACCGACCUGGACCGAGGAGAGCCCUCCCCCUACACCUGGACAAAUUUAUACAGCCACUGGCCUGGACUAUAGACACAGCAAUGCUGCUCCAGGGGGUUCUCCUGUCCUUCCUGCUAUCACAUAUGACAGAAUCUGUCACCAUCUCAUUACAAGCAAGAGACAACAUAACCAUCAGUAUCAAAGGUAUUCUUAAUACAACACCUCCCUGCUUCCUCUGCAUUGAAAAGAAGUGUGACAAGUCAAGUCUGAUAAUUCGUUCUGGAAGCACUGUGAAUUAUGACUUUAGUUGUAAAACGCCCGAGAAGUACUUUAUUAUGGAAAUCAACAGGACCAUUGAUUGUGAUUAUGGUGCUUGUCCUUUAAAUGUAAGCCUGCUACCUUCAAGUUUAAAUAGUUUAAAUCGGACAUUUUUUUGGCACAUAUCAGCCAUCCGAAGCAAUGGUCUUGUACUUGGCUUCCCUAAUCCAUGGCUUCAACAGAUCCAUCCAUCAGAUAAUUGUCCAGACCUAUUACAUUUCAAGAUCAGCACUUUCUCAGGUGACGUACCCGUCAACAUUGGAACCUUCUGCAGGAAUGGGACUGUCUCUCGAAUUAAAGUCCAUGAAAGAGGUGUUGUUGCUCUAAGUCUGCCUUGGACCCAGAGUAUUAAAGACCCCGUGUUCAGUGUGGCGAACCGAUCCUCCAUCCAAAGAUUGUGCAUCAUUGAUACCAAUUUCCAGGCGGAAUCACUUGUAACUCUAUUUUCUGCAAACUAUCCAUCUGCAUUUCCUUCUAAUGAACGCAUGACUUGGAAGUUCAACUUACCUUCUGGUCAUGCAGCUGUAGUAAAGUUUGUCAAUUACACGACACCAGUGUGUGAAAAGAAUGAGCUGGAAGUUCAGUACCAUCUACCAAAGCCGUCAACAUUAAAGCUGCAUGAAAAGCAACCUGCAAAUAUACAAAAUAACUUCAACUUGUCUUUGCAAAAUUGUGUAGUGGACAGAAAGACCACUAAUCAGCCUGGACUAACCUUGAAUUUUACAGUCAUAGUUCAGAAGACACCUGGAAAUGAAUUGUAUGUACUAGAUUUGACAAAGGAGAAAGACUUGCGUGUGCGCAUUGGACAGCGGAAAGUUGUUGGGCGUCGGUUUACCCCAGUCUGUGAGAUCUGUAAAGCAGCUGAAGAUUGUUUACCUGAGCUUGAGAUUGAAGGAGGGAGAUACUACAAAAUCUCUUUUCUCUGUCAAGAUAUGAAAAGCCUGAGUGUAGAUGCUGUAAAGGAAAUAUCAUGUUGGGAUCUCAGAACCUGUAAUAUCAGCAACAUGGCCCUUAACAUUCCUCAGUCAUUCAUUAAUUUCCCUGUCCGCCUGGAGAGUUUUACUUGGAGGCUGCUAGCACCUGAAUACAUCAGUACUGAAGUGACCUCUAAAUCUAUAUUCCUGCAACAAGAUACCCAGGAUAAACCCUGUAACUCAUCUACUUCAGGUUUUACUUACGAAAUCAUCAGCUCCACCAACAAAAACCAGUUUAGAAUUGGCACUUUUUGUCCAAAUGGAUCCUAUGAAGAGGUUCAAAUGAGAGACAAUGUCACCAUCAUAAUGCAUAUACCACAACAGACAGAUAUGCGAGAACUGCUGAAGCAUGACCUACAUGUGUCCUUUGUGUCAUUUAUUAAAGAGGAGUGUAUAUUCACAGCAUCUCCCAAACCUGGAGAAACUAUAUAUAUUCAGACUCCAAACUGGGACUUUGGGCUCCCAGAUUAUGUUUCUCUUUCGUGGAAUAUAAAAGUACCCACGAAACAGUUUGGCCGACUGACGUUUGGAAAUGAUAAAUUGGAUGUAUCUUGUGAAAUGGGUCGGGCAUUUGUCAGUGUAAAGGAGGAGAAAGACUAUGGACCCGGGAUAGUACAUAGAGAUGAGCAGCAGCUACCAGGUCCCCUUGACUUGUAUUCUUCAUUUUGGGUAAACGUCUCCAAUUGCAAACCGUGGCCUGCUGCAAAGAAACUAAAACUACACCUGUCUAUUACCUUAAAUCCAUUUACCACAGGUGUUAAGUACUCACUCAUUGCAGCCGGUGCAGCAACCGUUGUUGUUGUUGUAGUGAUAAUAACUGUCUGCUGUGUGAAAAAGAAGAAAAAGCAGAAGAAAGCUCCAGUGGGUAUAUACAAUUCCGAAGUGAGUACCGAAGCACCGAGGCGACAAGCCUUCUUUAAGAAGGGUAGGAAGACUAAUGAAUCACACGUGUAUGCAGUUAUUGAUGAUACAAUGGUGUAUGGCCACCUGCUACAAGAAAAGGAUGACUGCACCCCAGAAGUGGAUGUAUACAGGCCGUUUGAAGGCCCCAUGGGUGAUCCUCCGCCUGUUCCCCCUAUGAAAUUUCUUAAUGGAAGCACUAGAGAGGAUACAGUGUUGGACCCUCUUGCACGUUCAAUGAAAGAAAAUGAGAUCUAUUCUAUCUCUGAACCAAAUGUGAGACAGCCAGUAGAAAAUGAAGAUACCAGCAUACCUUACAUUGAGGAAUCAGAUAGUGGGACCAUAACUACGUAGAAAAAUCUAAAUUGAACUGUUUCUGAGUGAUCAUCAGGAGAAAAUAUUUAUUUUGACAAAAACAUUCUCAUAGGGCUUAUGUCCAGUUUGGAGCUGAUCACUCUGUACUGGGAUGUGACUCAAUUGGGUGCACUGGAUUUAGUUGUCAUUGAAGCCACAUGGGCUUAGCUGACUGUGAAAAGUGAGGUAUUAUUUACCUUGUGAGCUAAAAUAUUUCCUUUAAAUCCAUUAAGAGAAAUCAUUUAAGCAGUUUUGUAAAAAAAAAUGUGAUUCUUGCAUGGAUGAAAGACUCAAUUCAAGCUUCUAUGAAAAGACAAUACAGUAAGAACUGCAAAUGCACUUCAGUAUUCUCGGUAAUACGUGACUGUCUGCAUUGCACGUCUCAGUUCCCAAAAAAUGUAAAUUCCACUACGUAUGCAUGUCCAGGAAGAUGUUGCCACCAUAUUUCAGCAAUUGUUUAUAUUUUAUGUUGAGCUUUUUAACCUCUUCAAGUAGGUAUUCAUCUUGCAACCCAUCAGAGACUUUUAGCCUGGGCUGGACAAUAGCCAGUAAUCGGGUAGCCAAAAGGCCUAAAGGGGCUGUCUUUGAAUUCAGAGUUAUAACUGAGGUUGUCAUUGGUGGCCACUGUUUCUUGGCAACUAGCAUUCUGAGAUUGUGAAUGACAGCUUCCAUGCUGCUUUUAACAAAGGUACUUGUAGUGCAUGUUCCCACCAGCAAUGCACAAAUCGGAGUAACCUGGGAUUUCUUACUGAUUUCUGAAUACUACAUUACUCAUACCCCCCCCCCCCCCUCAAUUGUAAAUAGCUUUAGAUAUUUUUUUUCAAACGGUUUAAUUUAUGUCUUAUGCACACAGGCGUAAAAAAAAAGAAAAACAAAGACAUUUGGAUACAUACAGUGCUUAGUUUUUUUGCAGAUCUGAACACAGCAGUUUUGUAUAUUAUGGGCCCAUGCACACAGCUGUAGCUGAGCUUAGUAAACUUGUAUUGUGUUCAGCUGUACAAAUUCAAAGUAGAAAAUUCUGCAGCAGUAGUUGACGUGUAAAUUUAAACAUGCACAAAAAAUAUGGGAUUGAAGACUGAGCUAGAGCAAUGCAAUAUGGAUGUGAAUGGUUAAGGUCCUUUUACCAAAACAUGUUGGAGCUAUUUACUAUCAAAAUCCUGCAUAGAUCAGUAUUUUUUUUACGCCUGUGGGCAAGAUCCAUUACAGGACGAGCCCCGUUCGUCUAAACAAACACUGUAUUUUUUCUAUACAUAAAUUUCCCCAAUAUGAGCACACAUGUAAUAAGAACCAGCAGAUGUUUGAUAUUGCUUAUUGUUGGCCUUACUUUGGGACAUAGGACAAGAGGAGCUGCCUGUAUAUAGGCAAUUGAAAAAUGCUAGAGAAAAUUUACUGGGCUAAACACCAAUACACGUCUGUUAAAGCAGUUAUCAGGCUACUGUUUAAAUGUGAUCCUUGUAUGCUUUAAAAAAAAAAAAAGGCUAAGAAAAAAAAAUAUUUGACAGAGUGAAGCUCAUUUGAGUGCAAGUACAUUAUUUAGUCCAUUUAAAGGUUUAAAGCAAACGCACAAGCUCUAACAUGUAGGCAAGGAUAUGGAUAUUUGACAAUGUGUUGAGACAGGAAUUUCUUGAACCUUUGUGUGUCAUACUUCCACAUUCUGUUGAAUGUCAAAUCUGCUUUAAAAACCACAGGAGUGGUAAUGCGGUGUGUGUGAAUUUUAUACUUUUUUUUUUUAAAUUGCACCCUAGUGUCGUUUUAGUUGUGGAUACAAUUUUUAAAUCAUAGCCAUUAACUUCUCUUAUUUUCUCUCUUUUCGGUCUUUUAAAUAUACCUGGAAAUCUUUUUUUAUCAUAUGUACAAUAAGUGCAAAAAAUUGAUCUUGUCUAAAAUUUGAGCCGGGUACACUGCCGGGUGGCUGCUGGUUUUCUAGCAUGCACAUCCGACAAACAGACAUACACGUUUUUUUUUAAUACAUUUUUUUUAACAUUCCGCCUGUUUGUACCUGGCAUUAGGGCUGUCCUUUGCUCACUUUGUGUUAUCUCAAAGAGGCUAUUUGGCCCUCCUAGUUCUUACCUUGGACCACAGAAUUUUUGUUGUAGAGUGUUUAUUUUUUUGUUGUAUACUGUAGAGUGUUGAGGGUAGGAGUGGCGAGUAAUUUGGAAAUUUACACAUUUGACAUUAGUAAAUUGGGAAAAGACUUUGGGCAGCGCUGACACCGCUCAGUCCAAAAAAAAAAAAAACGGGUUUAAGAGCAGAUCAACUGGUAUUUUUCAGUACUUGCAGGGUCCUUGAAAUGGUUAAAACACAAGGAAAUGUGCAUGCAUUUUUUUUCCCUGACAUGAACAUUAAGGUUUGUUUUUCAGAAAAUUGGAAGUAACUUUGAGAAGCAUUGUAGUUCUUCCAUAUAUUUUUAAUUGGAAAUGAGUACAAAGUUUAAAACUUGACACAUUGGAUUUCAGCCGGAGGGCAAAAUGCUGUACGACAGGAAAAAGUAACAAAGUUUUUUUGUCCUAAUUAAAGUACAACUAAAGGUAAAACGUAGUUUUGAACAGAAUGGAGAUGUAGUAGAACACCUGACCGUUUUUAUUGCUGUCUCUUAUUCACCCUAUUUUUGUCCUGCUUAUCAUUAUCAUUGAAAGUGAAAUGUAAAAGAAAAUUGCUAAUUUUGGGUUGUCCCUAGAAAAGUAAUGGAUAUGAAAUCUUCUAAUGAGGACACUAGUUCCGAUGACCUGUGGUCCCCAAGGGAUUCUCCUAAUUUGCAGGGAUUUCCUCUCACUUCUUGUUUGGAUAUAGGACAGGAUGUGAAAGGAAAUCUUCCCCAAUGGGGCAGAUGGCAAGAAACAAACUGACAGGGGUUUUGACCCUCCCUAAAGCCUGGUACACACCCAGCGGUCUGUACUAACGAUCCAAUGUUGGUGCAUCGAUUUCCCCUGCUGUUCUUUUGUGUUCUGAAAGGGGAAGGCCCUUUGCCAGAACACUCCAGUCAGCGCUCUCGGCCAGUGGCUGAUCGGGAGCUGCUAGUUUUCCAGCAUGGUCGCCCGACAGAAGCCAGUGAAACGGCUGGCUUCUUUCAGACUGUGUGUCAUACACACGGGCCAAAUGUUUACCAGUUUUAAUUGAACCAGACAAUGUCCCCCUACAUUUAGCCUAUGUCCACUAGGCUUUACUCUAUCCAAAAUGAAAAAUUAAGUUUUGCCCAUAGUUCUACAUUAAAGCUAGGAUGUGUUUGGCUAACAAAGUCAUUUACACUGGAUCGUGUCAGAUUUUGUUUAAUCUAUUAGUGCUUUUCAUCUAAUGAGGUACAUGAAUCUCAACAGUGGUCCCUGACAUUAGCAAGGCACUGCACUUAAUCUUCAGUAUAUGUAAUGAUGGCCAGAGCCCAUGGACAUGCUACAGUAGGGUUUCCCAACUAGGGUUCGUCCAGAGGUUGCUGGGGGUUCUUUUUAGCAAUGAGCAAUUUCUGCCUCUCAGGUAAGUUCUGACUGACACCACUAAUCUUUUUAGCUAUCUGUAAGGUGGUAAUUCUUCCCUAUGUCCACAUUUGUAAGGAGCAUCCUUCUCACUGACCAUCACACUUGUGUAUCAUGACUUGUAAAUUUAAUUAUUUUUAGCACCGUGACACCAGAAAGUUCUUUUGAGGGUUCCCUGAUGAUGAAAAGGCAGAGAGGCUGUGCUAUAGGUCUGGAUGGAAACUGAAGUCCUGCUACAGUUGACAGUAAAAUAUUACAGGGACACAUUACAUGAGGCUAUUAGAGAUUUCUUCUCUGAUGCCUUUGCAAAUCAAUGCUCUCACUACAGAUUUCUGGGCUCCAAGAGCCUUGCAGCUAAUACCAAAAAGACUCACGUGGCCCUUGGGUUGAAGUUUGGGAAUUAGGGUAUUAAUGCAGCAAUAUUUACCACAAAGUAUACGUAGUGUGAGAAUCUACCUGACUAGGUAGGAUUUAAAAUGAAUAGGUAGGCCUUUUGUUCAGCAUAAUUGUAGGCGUGUGUUUUUUCUCAAGAAAUUAAGAUAUUAGUUGAAAUAAUAAUUAACUUCAUAUUUCUUCUUGUGUUUUCACACAUUUCCCUAUUUUUGCAAGUUAUAUCUACAUUUCAGGUUUUAUACUGGUAAUUGUUCUGUAACAUGUAAAAAUAUGCUGCCUUAGUUCUCCGUAUUUCGGUAUAUUUGCACUUGUUUUCUUGGAACUCUCUGAUGCUUUUUUGGUAUAUUUAUUGUUUUUAUGCUUUUAAAACUUCUUUUGUGAGAAAGGGUUUGCUGUGUCAUUUGUUCAGUGCAAUGGCCUUGUUUUCAAAGGACUAAAUACAUGUUAAAUAAUACAAUUCCUAUCUGUUUUUGUAUGUGGAAUAAAACUGAAAGUGGCUAUUUCUAAAUUAA